UCCUGCGGAUGCAGAGAUUUAUUGUGGUCCAGAGCAUCCAACGCCCAAGAAUAAUUUGUCUCCAUUCGUCAAACGAGCAAGUGGUCAGCAAGCCAUUAAGAAUCCUUCAAGAUGGAAAGGCCAUUUAAUUUCUACAAGGGCGAUCUUGUCUAUAUAUUAUUGAAGUCCAACGAUGCCUACGAGGGUAUAUACAUGAAGGGCUCGCAUAAUCAAAUCCAUACCACUCAUAACUUUCAUCAUGACACCUUGAAUCGCAUCAAGGAGGAAGUGACUUUUUAUAGGUACGAAAUUGAGGAAAUUACACUUAUCAAGCAUGCCGAUUCUGAUAAGAACAAGCGUAUGCAGAGCAACGAGUAUGAACGCUUGUAUGAAAUGGUCCAAUGCUUCACUUUCUUGUUCUGCAAGAACAACAAGUUUAGACGUGCUAUGAAACAACUCAGUCAGUUCGAGACUAUUAGCGUUGUUGGAAUUGGUUGUAACUACGGCAGACUCUGCAGGUUCAGCCAUAUCGCUAUCGCUUCUUGGUGUGAGGUAUACAUCGUGGAUUUAGCGUCUUUGGAUGAAGAAAUACCAGAUGAGAUUAAGUGGUUGAUGGAAACCACCAAAAUUAAGAAGGUGACCCAUGACGCUAGAUCUUUGAUCGACUGCUUGCAUUAUUGCUACGACGUUAGCGUCAGGAAUAUAUUCGAUACCCAGGUUGGUGAUUACAUGCUCGUAAAAGAAACUCUUCCAAAUGAUGUAAAGACAAUUAAUGGCAGGACCAUUAGCGAUUGCCUUCAGCAUUAUUUGGAUUUUGAUAAGAAGCUCUUGGAAAAGGCUACUAAGAAAAACUUUCUGUAUCGCAGACCAUUAAGCAUUGGAGAUAAGACUCAGAUCUCGCAACUCGCUGCCUACUUGAUUCCUUUGAAGCAAAGACAGGAGGAUCUGAUGCUGAAAAAUUUCAGAGAAGAAACUGAAAACUAUGCAUACAGCACCAUCAACCAAGCACAUAACGUUGCGUCGAAAAUGCUGACCACCCCCACAUACCAGCUCUAAAUCUUUCAAUAUCAUGAUUAUCGGUAUAUCAUUUAUGUAUAAGUUAUACAAAAGUUAUAACUUAUACUUGCUUAUUUACAAUGUUUAUUUGCGACAUUAGUCAUAUCUAUAACUAUAUACAUUCCUAUAACGUUUCCAAUU